UAAAGCUUUGCUGUGCUGGGGGUUGGCCGGGCCCCCUCGCAGGCUCUGGAGGAAGCGGUGGCAGAGCCAGCCCACUGACCUCCGACCCUACCAGUGCUGCAGGGCAAGGGCCCCACUGUCCCCAGAGUCUCAGACCCACCAUCCCCACCAUCCUGGGCUCACAGCAGCAGCAUGUUCAUCCACAUCAAGCACGGUGGUGAGUCCCCUCCCGGCCACCCUGUGGGUUGCUGCUCCCCAGGCACGGGGGCGAAGCGCCAUGGCCUCACUGGGCUCAGCCUCUGUGGCUGCUGCCAGGGCUGCCAGUUGCCCUCAGCCAUGGCCGCUCACCCCGCAGAUGACCAGCACUUUCUGGCCAACAUGGACUGCGCCGUCUUGCGGCUGCUCUCCUAUGUGAGGAGGAUGGCGGGGGUCCCUGACACCGACGUCAUCGACCUUUGCGAUGAGCUGGGCACCCCCAAGCUGCUGUUCCAGGUGACCAGCCUGAGCGAGAGGGCCAGUGACUUUCUCCAGCCACAUGGCACCUACUAUCUGUGCAGGGUAGAGUUUAAAGUGCCUGGGAGCGAGGAAGACCGCACAACCUGGUCCUUCACACCCCUCCUGGAGAACCCCAGCUCAGCACUGACAGAGGGCCUGCGGCUGCAGGGCGAGCGCCGACAGAGGAGGGCAGCCCGUAGGAUGGCGGAAGACAGGAGGACGCCUGACACAGAGACACUGACCGCCACAGCGCAAAACCAGGGAGAGGUGAGAGGCUUCCAGUGGACCCCAGGGUAGCGGGCGUGGACUUGCUUACCUUCAGCAAGGCCACCUCUGUCCUGGGGACCGGGUGACACUGUCAGCCACAGGCCAGCCCUGUCCA